AUGAAGCUAGAAUCAAUUCUAUUCCUAAUUUAUCUAAUUUUGUCGGUUUCAUGUUUUGAAUUAACUGUAAAUGAUGAAGAUAUUGAAGAUCCGGUUCAUGUACUAAAAUCAAAAUUUAAACCAUAUUUACCAGAAUUAAAAGAUCACAUUGAAAUACCAAUUAAAGACACUCAAAAUACAAUUCGAGAAUCAUAUAUUCCAAAUAAGAUCAAAAUGAAAAGUCUUCGAUCAAAGUUCAAACAAGAAUUACCAACAUCAGUAACCAAAUUUAGAAAUAAAAUUAAUCUUGAAACGGUGAAAAAAGAAAGUAAUGAUAAGUCAUCGCAAGAUAGUCCAGUUAACUCUAAAAUUGAUUCAAAAAUGAUGAAAACUAAACGAUCUUGGAUAAAAGAUUUUUUAAAAUUCAAAGAUAAUAAGAAGGAUAACAAGGAGUUACACUCUUCUAUUAAAAAUUACGAUGAUACGUUAAACAACCCUGAUGAUUUGAAAAAAUGGACUAAAUUGAUUGUUGAUGAAGAUAUUAAGGAAAAUAAUAAUAUUAUUCGGUCUAAAUCAUUUAUUAAUCAAAAUGAAAUUGAAAUUGAUAUUGAAGAAUUUAUAAAUUAUUUAGUUAAUGAACAAGGUUUUAAUCCUCAAGAUUUAGAAUUUUUAAAAAUCAAAGAUUUAGAUUAUGGAUUAAAUGAAAUUGAAAAUGAAUUGAAUAAAUUAGGUGACCCUCAUUUAAUUGAUAUCGGAGGUGAAGAUUUAAAAAAUCAUGCAAGUAAUUUAAAUUUAAACUGCUCUUAUUUUGGUUUGAUUAUCUUCUUAUUAUUUUUGAAUUGA